CCCGUCACUGAUGCGCGCGUUCGUGAGUGGGUGGACUGGACGGCGAUUGGGCCUCGCGAACUUUACACAAGCCGGUGAUGCCAAUGCCAAAGAGCUCGUGGAGCUUUUCGAUCGCGCGGGCACCCUGGCGGAGUUUAACAGUGGGACGUAUGCCGGCGUCUCGCUGCAUGCGCUCGCACUGUGGGCACGCUAUAUGCCGUCAGACUCGGUGAUGGGCAAGAAUGGAGCGCGCAUGCUAUCCCGCACCUGGACCUCACUGGCCGAGCUUUACCAUGCUGGGUUGAAGAACUCAGCGGGGCCCUGGGAUCGCACAUAUGGUUACGAUAUGAAUCGGUACCUCAGCAUACUGGGGCUACAUAUAUGGUCCCUGGUGGGCCGCGAGGCGUCACCUAUUGCCGAGGAGCCGUAUGCCAUGAGCCAUAGCUCAGACUUUGCAUUUGCUCCGUUGAUUGCUGUCAUGGCGGUGUUCCACAAUAGCAGCGUCGUACCAGAGGGCGUAAUUCAGCGCUUGAAGGAGUUUCCGGGCGAGCAUACGGUGCGAACGAGCGCGUUCAGUCCACCUUAUGACACUUAUCCACGUAAUAUCUCGGCGUGGCUGAGUGAUAGCAUCACCAUUGGCGCAGAGACAUUUAAUGAGACGGAGGUCGGCGGCCCUAGUUUGAGCUCUGACAGCUUCAGCCCUGCCGUUGUGCAAUGGGAUGCCGGGGAUGCAAACGGUGUCGGUUGGCUCAAGUGGUACGCCACUGAACCCUCUCUGAUCGCCAAAGUCUCGCCCGGCAUCUUGAACCUCACAUACCCUUACGGCAAUCACUCCUCGAUCUUCACUUUUUUCGUCUCAACAUUUGUAGACAGGGUGGACGUAACUUCUUGGGACGAUGUGCAAGCUGGAGGUCUCGCGGUCAACGUUUCAGGCAACGCGAACCUGACGUACGAGGUCAGCUUUAAUGGCCAGUUUGGCGGAGCAGGUGAAACCAUCAAGUGGGUUUUCUUUUUCCGAGUAGCACAGUGAGAAAUGUUAACAGCAUGACAGUGACUUUGUAUUCUGGAACUUCACCUAUGUCAUGCCAGAGGAAUUUGAGGGGAACCCGAAUCUUGUUUUAGAGGUAGAGGUCAUCUAGACACAAUAUUAUGUGCCCUAGUGAUUGAGGAAAAGACUUUCUGU